GGGCCGCAUCAGUUCUAUCUGAAAGCACCGCACCAUGAACACCAAGGUCUUCAUCCUCCUGGGUCUUGCAGCCAUUGCUGCUGCCGACAGCUUCGAAUCCUUCGAAUAUAGGCCACCAAGGCGGUCCUCUGAAUCCUUCGAGUCGUACGAGUCAGGUGAGGCCAAGUACGACUUCAACUGGGCCGUCAGCCACGAUCCCUCAAGCAACGAGUUCGGACACCAGGAAGCCCGUGACGGUGAAGACACUCAGGGAUCCUACUACGUGCAGCUCCCCGACGGCCGCCUGCAGACCGUCAAGUACUUCGUGGACGGCGACUCCGGCUACGUGGCUGAGGUCAACUACGAGGGCGAGGCUUCUUUCGAGUCUGGUUCAUCCGAAUCCCGUGAAUACAGAUACGUGUACGACUCCAACGAGUCCAAGUAAAUCAUUAAUUACGUCUGAAUUCUGAUUACCAAUGACAACUGAAGAACUAAUUGUUUAUUCUGUACAAAUAUUUAUUAAUCUACAUAAAUUAUUGCAAUGACA